AUAGGGCUAGGUUAAUGUAUACACAUGUAUAUAGUACAUGUAAUGGUCACCCUAGUGGACAUAGGGCUAGGUUAAUGUAUACAGAUGUAUAUAGUACAUGUAAUGGUCACCCUAGUGGACAUAGGGCUAGGUUAAUGUAUACAGAUGUAUAUAGUACAUGUAAUGGUCACCCUAGUGGACAUAGGGCUAGGUUAAUGUAUACACAUGUAUAUAGUACAUGUAAUGGUCACCCUAGUGGACAUAGGGCUAGGUUAAUGUAUACAGAUGUAUAUAGUACAUGUAAUGGUCACCCUAGUGGACAUAGGGCUAGGUUAAUGUAUACAGAUGUAUAUAGUACAUGUAAUGGUCACCCUAGUGGACAUAGGGCUAGGUUAAUGUAUACAGAUGUAUAUAGUACAUGUAAUGGUCACCCUAGUGGACAUAGGGCUAGGUUAAUGUAUACAGAUGUAUAUAGUACAUGUAAUGGUCACCCUAGUGGACAUAGGGCUAGGUUAAUGUAUACAGAUGUAUAUAGUACAUGUAAUGGUCACCCUAGUGGACAUAGGGCUAGGUUAAUGUAUACAGAUGUAUAUAGUACAUGUAAUGGUCACCCUAGUGGACAUAGGGCUAGGUUAAUGUAUACAGAUGUAUAUAGUACAUGUAAUGGUCACCCUAGUGGACAUAGGGCUAGGUUAAUGUAUACAGAUGUAUAUAGUACAUGUAAUGGUCACCCUAGUGGACAUAGGGCUAGGUUAAUGUAUACAGAUGUAUAUAGUACAUGUAAUGGUCACCCUAGUGGACAUAGGGCUAGGUUAAUGUAUACAGAUGUAUAUAGUACAUGUAAUGGUCACCCUAGUGGACAUAGGGCUAGGUUAAUGUAUACAGAUGUAUAUAGUACAUGUAAUGGUCACCCUAGUGGACAUAGGGCUAGGUUAAUGUAUACAGAUGUAUAUAGUACAUGUAAUGGUCACCCUAGUGGACAUAGGGCUAGGUUAAUGUAUACAGAUGUAUAUAGUACAUGUAAUGGUCACCCUAGUGGACAUAGGGCUAGGUUAAUGUAUACAGAUGUAUAUAGUACAUGUAAUGGUCACCCUAGUGGACAUAGGGCUAGGUUAAUGUAUACAGAUGUAUAUAGUACAUGUAAUGGUCACCCUAGUGGACAUAGGGCUAGGUUAAUGUAUACAGAUGUAUAUAGUACAUGUAAUGGUCACCCUAGUGGACAUAGGGCUAGGUUAAUGUAUACAGAUGUAUAUAGUACAUGUAAUGGUCACCCUAGUGGACAUAGGGCUAGGUUAAUGUAUACAGAUGUAUAUAGUACAUGUAAUGGUCACCCUAGUGGACAUAGGGCUAGGUUAAUGUUUACAGAUGUUUUUAGUACAUGUAAUGCAAAUAUAGUGACUGUUGAUUCACCGACAAAAAGAUGUUUGGGAUUGAAGACAUUUUUUAAAACAAUUUUAGCCCUAUUUCCCCCAUUUAAACCUCAUCCAAAGACAACAUCUGGGCUUUAAUUUUCCUAUUAUCAAACUGUCACACCAUGAUAAUUAAUUCAACCA